UGCUCUGCCACACAUGAAUACAGCUCUGAGCAGCAGCAGCAUGUUGCAGGAAUCUGAAGCACAACACUUGAUCUUAAGAAAGAUGAAAAAGAUAUUGACAAUUCGAGGAAGGAGCAAAGAUCGGAGGAACGACGGCAAGACUCCUUUAAUAAAGGAGAGCAACAACAAUGUACAAGACGGAUAUGACCCAGAGGAUAAAGGCUAUGACACCCCCUUCGCUCAGAACACCCUCAACACCCGUAAAGAAGUUGCUGAACAUCUGAACGUAGCCCCUGAUGCCACCUCCAGCACCUGUGAAGAUGAUCAGUGCCUCAUACAGAUAUCUGUGUCUGAGCACUUUCCGAAGCUACCAACACCGGACCAGAACCUUAACCAGCACCUAGUACAUGUACAGGAAGCUGUGCUCCAUGAGCUUAAGAGGCUGCGUCCUGUGUUGGAGCAUAAGGAGUUGAUGGAAUUUCUGAUUGAUUGUUACCAUCGUCAGACAUUUGACCACCUCCAUAGUCUGCUCCAGAACGCCACGUCCACCCAGAACUCCUUUGUGCUGAUGAACUGGGUCCUACACAUAUACCAGAGUGAAGAGCUGCUUGGUCACCCCGACCUUCAAGAAAUGGAUCCCAUUAAAAAAGUCAAUCAUUCGCUGGUCAGUGGAUGGGAAGCAAAAGCCAAGGCCAAACUGCUUGAAAAUGUGCAGAGAGAGGUCAGACAAUCCCUGGACAAGAUCCUGCAGAUUGAGAUAGGCCAAGAACAUUGUGAUCCUGAUGAAGCUUACGUUGGACUUUAUAUGGACACUAUUCAGUGUGUUGGUGCCAAGUGCAAUGAAGCGAAAAAAAUCAGCUCUGACCUGUCUGAUGAAGUGCAAGACGUUUGUUUCCAAGAGCUGCUGAUAUUUGUAAGGAGGUACACCACUGAGCAGACUGAGGCUCUUGGAAAAAAAGCAGAAAUGGAUGAACCAGAAACAAUACAUUUCCUCAAGACUCUGAAAACGUGUAAAGAACUCAAGCGGUAUGUCCAGACAACAGGAAAAAAAAAUCACCUUCUCAUGGAAAUGGUGGAAAUGCUUGAAAACAUGGAGGCUUCUACUUUGAAUCUUCUGAUGGACAUUGUAACUGACAUUGCAGAGAGCCACCUGAAAAAGUACUUCAAAUCCGACAGGAGGAGGUUCUGCUUGUGUUCUGAUAUAGAGCAGUAUUUCCCCAAGCUGCCUUAUGCUUUUGAUGAACAACAGAGAGUGAUGGAUGAGGCCUAUAAGGUCAUCGUUGGUUUGUACUUCAAACAUCUCAUCCAAAGCAACCAGAAGAAACUGAAGAAGUGCUGGCCUGACAUUGGAGAAACAGUCACUGAAGAUGCUGAGCUUCUUCAUAACACUAUCUCAGACCUGGCUCCUGGUGUCCAACAGCAGAACCACAUCCUGCUCAAAGUUACAGAAAUACUGGACUGCAACGACAUCGAUGCACACAAGAUCACAGCUGCAAACAUGCAGAAGAAAUGUCACAUAAAGAGUGAGGACAUGAAGCGCCUGCUACAAUGGAAAGGUCUUUCUAAACGGGAGGUUCAAGAGGUGCUGGACGCCCUUCCUCCUGACCUUCAACCUACACCCGAUCCUGACAUUCAACUCCGGAGUGGCAGAUCCUGGUGCUGCUGUUUCACCUGUUUUCUACCUGCUGGUGAAGACUGAGGUGCUCUACAGACGAUCAACGUCAACAAGCACAAGAGGACAGAGCUGGUCAGCUGAGUCCUGUUAGAACUCAGUCCGUUACUGAUUUCACUCCUCAGAUCUGAUCUUUAGACGCAGAUAAAGAGUAGCAGACAUGUUACAGUAGCCGCAUGAGAGAUUAAGUUGACUGUGCACAAGGCUGCCUAUGUAUGAGUUAGCCUGAAUGUCACUGAUUUCCUUUCAAGUGCUGCUGUUAUUACAGGAAAGGCAAACAUGACUUCUUUUUUUUUUUAUCUUGUUUGUCAAAUUUCCUCAUUUUUAAAUGUAAACAGAAAUCAGUAUCUAUUGAUGGGAUUUUUAUUUGUCACUGUGGCAAAAAGUUACAUGAAAAAACAAACUAUACUUUUAUAUACGUUUUACAGGGUGUUAAAGUUGUUUACAUAUGUGCGUUUUUUAAUAUUUAGGUGGAUUUUGGUUGAUUGCACAGCGUUUCUGGAUGUUUGCAUACCGUUAACAGUAAAUUUGUUUUUGUGCAAAAGGCAAAGUGAUAUUUUAGUUGAACUUACUUAACUUGUUGAACUUUAGCUGGAGAUCACAAAAUGCAAACAAGCACAAGUAAUUCAAAAAGGAUGAACUUUUUGUUUUGCUAUAUGUUCAGAAAGUUACCGAUCUUUUGUUCUCAAACCCUCAAAUUUUAGGUUUACUUACUUUCACUUUAUGUACUGUAGGUACCAGAAGUACAAAAGAAUUUCAACUUAAAGGUAUACAUUUAGUUACAGUUGCAGAUGCACUGUUUUUUACAUCAUGUAUUUAUUUUAAUAUUAUUUAUUACAUUUAAUUUAUUUAUAUAUAUAUAUAUGAAAUUACAUGUCAUCUACAAAUAUUCACUAGGCCUCUAUCAAAUCAAACAUUACUGUUAACAAACAUCUCUGAAUUGCACUUGAACUUGUAUUAUACUUGAAUUUUUCUUUAGGAGAUGAGGUGUCUACAUAAAAUCAGUGUAAAGAUCAAGAUUUACUUUUUACAAAUGGGAUAGUUCUUGGGUUAGAUGUACUGUACUGGUUUGCUGCUUUCUGUCUCAAGAUACUGAAUAUGUUUUUAAUGUUCUAUGUCUAUGGUGAUUCUUUUUGUGAGGAGUUUAUGGGGACGCAAAAAAAUGCACUUUUUUUAUUCUGUUAUUCAGACUCCUGAAUAAACUUCACAGUGACAUUAUAAAAAUGUGUUUUUAGCUGUGUAUUCGGUGUGCCAACUGUAAACACCACUAGAUAGAAACUAACAUCUUACUAAAAUAGUCUGCUCCACUAACACCAAAUCAAUUUAAGUACGGCUUCACAGAACAGAUCUGAUAACAGUGGGUGGUGAUCUGGGGUUUGGGACCUCUGAGGGAGUCCCAAGAUAAAUCUGAGGGAUAUUGUUUGGGAUAUUAGCAUGCUAACAUUUGCUAAUUAGCAAGAACAGCAGAGGCUGAUGAGAGUACCAUUACUAUUAGUUUCAACUUCUGAAACUGGGCAAAGUUUUUUCUGCAUCGGUUUAUUGUUUCUUGAAGAUUCAUCUCUUCAAAGAGCACCUCUUCUGCUGAACCCUCUAACACCCUAACAUGCUGAAAUAACAAUUACAAUGCAUUUGUGGUGCACUCCUAUCAUUUAUUUGCUUGCCUUUUAGAUUUAGCACUUAGUUCUUACUUCAAGCUCUCCUACUGAACUGAAGCUUUAGUAUUGUCCCUCACUUGUAAGUUGCUUUGGAUAAUAGUAUCUGGCAAAUUAGUAAAUGUAUGUUGGGAUUGAUGGAAUAUUUUAAGUUGUGUAAUGAUCAGCUCUCUCUCUAUGUGUCUGUGGAGAAAGUGGGAAAUAUCACUGAUAAUGUUGUCUCCUGCCAGAACUCUUUUUAUUUCUGCAGAGGAAUUUAAACCCUCACUAUAUCAGACACCCACACAAAUGUGUGCCAUGUGACAACAUGUAGUGAGGUGAAUCCAUAUGAUUGCUUGGUUUUGGUUUAAACACAAUAAAUAUGACUUGGUGAUGGUGAA